GGCGGGAUUCAACCGGGUUCCACUUCUUUGAUGCUUCUCCAAAUUUCAAUCAUGUAUUUACAUAUAUAAGGAAGCUUCGAAUACCUUCUUUUCAUUCCUCAUCUCAUCAUCACUUACAUUCUUUUCCAUACUGUCUAGUACAUUCACUCUUUAAACUUACAUUCUUUUAACACUACUAGCCAAUAUGGUUCAACUUCUCUCAAUGGCCUCCGGCCUCCUUGCGCUGAGCGCAAUCGUCUCUGCUGCUCCAGCACCAGCACCAACCGCAGCUCCAAACCCAGCCGAUGCUCUUGCCGCUAUCGAGCAACGUGCUGCCGCCUGUACCUUCUCGGGAUCUGGUGGUGCUGCCGCCGCUUCCAAGUCCAAGACUUCCUGCGCCACCAUCGUCCUCAGCGCACUCUCCGUCCCAUCCGGUACUACCCUUGACUUGACUGGCCUCAAGUCCGGCACCCAUGUCGUCUUCGAGGGUACCACCACCUUCGGCUACGAAGAAUGGUCCGGUCCUCUCUUCUCCGUCUCCGGAACUGACAUUACUGUCACCGGUGCCUCCGGCAGCAAGCUUGAUGGCCAAGGAGCCAAGUACUGGGAUGGAAAGGGAACCAACGGUGGAAAGACCAAGCCAAAGUUCUUUUACGCCCACUCCUUGAAGGGUAAAUCAACAAUCUCUGGUAUCAACAUCUUGAACUCUCCAGUUCAAGUCUUCUCCAUCAACGGUGCUUCCGGUCUUACUCUCUCCAACAUCCACAUUGACAACUCUGCUGGAGAUGCUGGUAAACUUGGCCACAACACCGAUGCUUUCGAUGUUGGUUCCUCCAGCGAUAUCACCAUCUCUGGUGCCAACGUUCAAAACCAAGAUGACUGUCUCGCUAUCAACUCCGGUACUGGUAUUACCUUCACCGGUGGAACCUGUUCCGGUGGUCACGGUCUCUCUAUCGGAUCUGUCGGUGGACGUUCCGACAACACUGUCUCCGAUAUCAUCAUUGAAUCAUCUACUGUCAAGAACUCUGCCAACGGUGUCCGUAUCAAGACUGUCUCCGGUGCCACUGGAUCCGUCUCCGGCGUUACCUACAAGGACAUCACCCUCUCCGGCAUUACAUCCUACGGUGUUGUCGUUCAACAAGAUUACAAGAACGGUUCCCCAACCGGAAAGCCAACCUCCGGUGUCCCCAUCACUGAUGUCACUUUCUCCAACGUCAAGGGUACCGUCUCCUCCAGUGCUACCAACGUCUACGUUCUUUGCGCCAAGUGCUCUGGCUGGUCUUGGGAUGUCAGUGUUAGCGGUGGUAAGACCUCCAGCAAGUGUGCUGGUCUCCCAUCUGGUGUCAAGUGUUAAACAUCUUAACACCUUGACCAUCAAACCCUUUGCAGGGUUUGGAACAAUUUUAUAGAAGGGGAUGGGGGGUGGUGUUGUUGGAGCAGUGCUCAGUGUUCGCGUUCUUUGUAUAUAUAGCUUCUAUUGUCCACAUAUCGACUGUUUAAACCAUUGUAAUCGAAUUAAUUUGAUUACCUUCCA